AGUGAGUGAGGAGGAACCAACAGCUGGAACUUAAAACACUGCCUUUCAUGCCCUGGUUUGCAUUUGGACACUUGUAGAGCAGUUUUUUGGGUGUUUGAGCACAGGACCAGACUCCAGACUCAGAGACUUACGAAGACUUACCUGGUGGAUAUCAGUUCCUGCAACUGCUCAUUGCAACAUAACAAAACCCAGUUCUCAUCAUCAUCAUCAUCAUCAUCACCACCACACUCGCAGGCGGGCUCCAAUUUCUGUGCUGUGAAACUGAAUCAGAGGAACGGAGCGGCAACACAGCGGGGGCUUUGUGUCCCUGCGAGUGAAACACUAACCAGCUGAAGAUAUCAAAGACCAUCCUGGACAAAGACUUCCUCUCAAUCCUCCAUUGUUAAGUCUGAUAUUUGCUCUUGGAGAAAAGUCAUCAAAAGCUGCACGGCAGAGGGGACCAGACACCAGGGACCAGACACCAGGGACCAGGACUGCAUGCAGCUGCCAGGGGCUGCCAUGGUGCGUGGAGCAGGAGCUCCAUCCUGCAGGGGCCUGUGGGUGUUUGGCACCCUAUCGCUGGUGGCGCUGUGCUGGUCGGACCAGGCCAUCCGCUGUCCGGUGUGCUCUGAGGAGAGACUGGCUCGGUGCCGUUUGCCCGAAGGCUGCGAGGAGACGGUGCGGGAGCCGGGCUGUGGCUGCUGCCCCACCUGUGCUCUGCCUAAAGGUGCACACUGUGGCGUCUACUCACCCCGCUGUGGCACGGGCCUCCGCUGCUACCCCCCGCGGGGUGUGGAGAGACCACUGCACUCGCUGAUGCAUGGACAGGGGGUGUGCACCGACGAGCGCGAGCUGGAGGAGAACUCAGCGAUGGACAGACAGGAGGAGAUCAUCCCCGAGCAUCCGAACAACAGCAACAUCCGCUGCAGUCCACAAGACAAGCGCUGCAUACAGAAGACGCUGGCCCGACAUCCCCCGAAAUCCACAAACCAGAGAAGCAACGCUGCCAGGGAGGAGACCAAAGCCGUGCUGGCUCCAUGUCGUGCUGAGCUACAAAGAGCCUUGGACAGACUGGCAUCAAACUCUCGCACACACGACGACCUCUUCACAAUCCCCAUACCCAACUGUGACAAGAACGGAGAUUUCCACGUAAAACAGUGUCACCCGGCACGUGAUGGUCAGCGUGGAAAGUGCUGGUGUGUGGAUCAGAAGACGGGCAUGAGGCUGCCGGGGCCGCUGGAGCAGCGAGGGGAUCUGGACUGCCACCAGUUAAUGACUGCCACGCUGAGGGAUUAAAGAGGAGGAGGUGCAGGACCAGCUGAAUUCUCCUGGUGCUCAUUAGUAGAACUACAUGAGGAAAGGACUUCACCCUCAAGCCUCGCUUAAGCUAAGGCCAGCGGUACUUGACCUUGCGCAACAAAAAGGAAACCAUUGAAUUGAGUUCUUUAGCUAUUUUUAUGUUUCUGUGUGUGACACUAUGUGAUUUCUGAGUGUUUUCAGCACUUGAUGUGUAUUAUUUCUAAUUUGUAAACCUAAGACCAUUAGUCUUUAGACACAUGCGCUUUCAAGUAACACGUGGCAGAAAAUAAAAACCCUUCCACAGAUGAGGGAUGUAGUCGUGAGUUUUUGUUAGAGAAGAAGAGGUUUUAUUUUCUUUAUAACUUCAGUGUAGUGUGUUUUGUUUUUAAAGUGACGUGAAAACUCAUCAAACCCACCAGAGAGUCAGACCUGACUGUCUUUUUAUAUUUGUUUGAUUCUCUCUGGAGCAACUUGAUCCGUGGGAAUUACUGCAUCAGGACAAUCCAACAAGAUUAAAGUGAAGGGAUUGUUUACUAGAUUAUUCACAAAUUAUGUGUAAAUGGUCAUAAUGUGUUUUUUUUAUCUAUGGCGUAGACCGCACCCGUCUUAUAAGUCGGUCAAAACACACCAUAAACUGCGUUUGCGAGCACAAAGUCUAGUUUAGUGACAACACAUGUAGCAAUAAUGGAUCAGUGAAUGAGGGAUACACUUGUUUCUGUUUCACAACAAACCAAAUUGAAGUCUUAGAAUCUUCGCUGAUCUCGUGACUUGGUUACGAUUAUCCCGUCAACACUUUCCACACUGCAACUAACGAUUACUGACUCAAUUCAAUGACUUUUUGGUCAGGAUAUGUCGAUUACUGCUUCCCAAACUUAAAAAUGACGAUAUUCUCAAAUGUCUAAUUUCGUCCACAAACCAAAAUCAAUCAGUAUUAUUGAUUUAUUUGGUAUAUGAAGCAAAGGAACCAGAAAAUAUUCCCACGUAAGAAGCUGACUUGUUUCAUUUAUUAAAACAAACAAAACAAAAAACACUCAAACCAAUUGAAUCAAUUAAUUUAGCAAAUGAUAAAUAAUCUAGUAAUCUCUGCAGCCCUAAUUGCGUCCUCAAUUUUCUAUAUUAGCUCACAUGGCAGUCAGAUUAAUAUGAAUUUAAACAUUUAUUUCACAAUGAAACGGAAAUAUUCAAAAACAAAAGCAAUAUUUCUGCCGUCGAGCUGUAGCUUCUACAAACUGGAAAAUCAACAAACAAUGUUUCAUGUCGUCACCGCGAUGCAUCAAGUUUCAACACCCCUGAAACCACAUGCCUUAAAUAUCAAAGAAAAAAGACCAAAGUAUCCGUACACAGUAUGAUUAAAGAACGCCCCCUGGUUAGAACUGAAGCAGUGCUCUGCUGAUAGGAUCAUCAUAUUUGCAUGAAUAUGUUUCACUUCUCUGCAAAUCUUUGGUGCUAUAUUCACUGAUUGUGCCAAAAAAAGAUACAAAAUGCAAACAAUGGCAUCUGCACCUUUUUGGGGCAUUGUUAAAGAUUGAAGAAGUAUGAGAUUUCUUUGAGAGUCCGUGACUGUCUGUUGACAUAAAGCUUUCAUUAUGCUCACUGUCAAAAUGUGAAAGUGAGGCCGCUUUCCAUUUGUAGUUUGAACUCAGAAAAAUACACAAGGUCAUGGGACGAUGGAACUCGCAGCAACCUCACACACCUCUAGUUAGGAUUCUGAGAUGGCUGCCACCCUACAAACACUGCAACUUUUAACGUUAAUAGCACUUCUGUCGUAGUUGUUUCUCAGUUAAUCAGUCGCACACAUAGUACUGUUCAACUGUGAUACGUGGACAUGUUGCACAAAAUACCACAUGUUGUUAUCGGCCGGUAUUUCUAGCAGUCUGGGGUUUUGCGUCCAUGGUUUUUUCUCGGAGGUGAGGUCACUCCCAGCUCCGACUUCUGGGUUCUGAUGUAGGUGGAACGCAGCUGCAUAUCCCUCACCUCACUCCUCUGUUCAAAGUGUGUUAGAGAACCUAUGAAGUGAGCAUCCAAAUGCACGCGCAAAGCCACACCUCGCACAGAUUGGAUUUCCACUACAGACCAGGUAGCGACAGACGUCGUUUUAUGUGACAACAGCAGGUUAGGACCUUUAAAGUGGAAGCUUAUUUCAUAAAAAUAGAACAUUGUUUGACACACUUGGGAAGAAAGGGGUGAUUUGUUAUACCAUUAUAUGUCACUUAUUAUUACAGACUGAACCUUUAAAUACAGUCAGAUAAAAUGGGAUCAUGCCUAAAAACCUGGAGGAAUUCUGACCCAGUUGACAACAGAAAUGUGACAAAUGUAUCCUGAAGGUGCAAAAACUUAGAAAUAAAAAGAAAACACAAGUGCUCAUCUAUAGACGUACAGCCUGCACUGUUCAAGCAAAUGUUACAAUUCAAACUGACAUCAAUAUUAGGGACGGCCUUAGUGCCCGAUAAGAUACUGAUAUCACAACCUGAAGCAUUUACUGAAACAAUAUCAGCCCGAUACUGUCUUUGAAUCAGCUUAGCUGGUAAAACCACAUCCAUGCUGAUGCAUUUAAUAACUAAAACAUAACAAACAACAUCACGCUCCAUCUGCAAGGCAGACAUUUGCAGACAUUUGCAGCGUCACUCGGGUCCUUGUCACACGAUGAAUCUUUAUUAGUCAAGGAAUUCCGUCAUACUUAGAAUCUAUGGAUGGUAUCUUAUAUUACUUUUAAAUUCUUCCAAUAUGCGAUCCAGUUAUUUUGGCCCGUAUCAGACUGAUACCAAUACCGAGUACCGUAUGGGCUCAUCCCUAAUCCUUACAGGUCACGUUUCUCUGUUUCUAAGUUGGCCUCUUUAUUCUGCCAUUUAUCAGAAAAUGUUAAUAAAACAACACACUGUUGUCAUGUAAUGUCAUGUAAUCUAAUCUCUGAAGCCACAGCCAAUUUAUAGCAUUCACCACAGGCCCAGUUUGAUCACUCGAUGACCAGUUGUACGAACAAAAAAUCUUUCCAAACGUCGAGCACCAAAAACAGACAAACAGAAAUAAAAUGGUGUGAGUGGAGAAUCAGUGCUACAGCUUCUGAAAUAUCAAAAACCAAAUCAUUCCAAAGACUACAAAGAAUAAAGACAUCAAAACACACUCAGUGAACUGCAUGCACACACGUGGUUUACUGCACAAUCCUAUUUUAUCAUUCAUCAACUAAUGACGUGUUACCAAACACAUUCGGACACGUUCCUCAGUCAAACAGCUGGAAUCUUGGAGAGAGUUGACUUUGAUUUUUCUUUUUUUUUGUUAAAGGCCUCGAACGACAUAAGUUGUGUAUUUAAGCUAUAGCUAUUACUGCUUGAUCUCUAACUUCACUGUACUGACCUGUAAUUGCAUUUCUCCACAAUAGACUGUUCCAAUGUAACUUUGAUGUUUUCUGUUAAUGUGUAGAAGAUGUGAAGUAACGUCUGCAUGCAUUGAAAAACGGACUGGGCUCUGGGAACGGCUAAGCUCUUGUGUGUAUCUUGUCCACAACAGGACAGUUACAGUAUAUUCAAACACUGACCUGAUCAAAGAACUGAAAUAUAGAGUUUCAACCAAUGAAAUAAUCAGCUACAUUGUACAUGUUGACCUGAUGAAAAUGUAUACAUUGUAAUAAAUCCAUUAAAACACUUUGGUAACUA